UUGCACAUGUAAUUGGCCCCUCUGUGUGGUUUGUGGCCCCUUAUUCAGAAAAAUCCUAGAUCCGUCACUGUAGCGACAUGGAACAUGCCAGCAUGUUCAGGUGUUGGAGUCAUGAUUAGAAUAUCUUUAAAGAUGAACAUUCAGACCAGCGUGAGUGUCAUUCUCUCACACAGAGAGGGGACAUCGUGUCUGUCUCUGAACACCCUCUCACCCAGCUUCACCACACGGUGGCGCUGUGCCUCUCCUUCCCCACGCUUCUCCUCGCCUCCGCCGCCAUAAAGCUCAGUCUCCCUCCCUCCUGCUCUUCCUCCUCCUCCUCCUCCUCCUCCUCCCUCUACUUCCACCGCUUCCUCCCGUCGCGCUGCGCACAGCCACAGACGGGUCCUCCAGCUCCGUGCAGCCCCGGUACGAAGAAGAUGGUCGGCGGCUUGUGCGCUCGCAGGUUGGCCCGCCGGUCGCGGUCCGCGCUGAUCGCAGCCCUCACGGUGCUGCUGGUGCAGACGCUGAUCGUGUGGAACUUCAGCAGCCUCGACUCUGGCGAGGACGGAGGCUCCAGCGUGCGGGAGAAGAGGGACCGGGUCGCGGGCAACAAAGCCGCGGGCAGCGACUAUUUCCAGCAGCGGGUCCAGCAGCGGCAGCAGCAGCAUCUUCCUCCUGCGCCGCCAGGGAGGGGGGCGUCUCGCCACAUACAGCAGCCGGAUGGAUAUUACUCCCACCGGCCGAAGGAGAAAAGUAGAGUCGACAGCAACAACGAGAACUCUGUGCCAAAAGACUUUGACAACAUAGACAAUAGUAACUUUGGUGCUCGCUCGCAGCCACACCGGCAGUCUGUUGGGGCCACGAGCAGCAAGCAGCAGCGGGAGCACCUGCAGGAGAAAGCCCAUGCGCAGCAGCAGGCCUGGCGGGACAACUCCCCCGGGCUGAGCCGCAGCUCAAAUGAAGUACUGCCCGUCGGCCACCAGCCACUAGCGGUAGGCAACAACUCCUCCUACCUAGUUGGUCAGGGCGUCGCGGAAGUUCAGCGGCAACAGCACCGUGCCUCACAGGCCCAGCAGGCCCAGUCGCAGCACAGACAUCAGCACCCCCACUGGAGGCAGGCGACUGCAUCGCCGCUGGAGGUGACCUACGACCAGCCACCCAGGUGCGAGAUCAGUGGGAAGGAAGCCAUUUCAGCUCUGUCCAGAGCCAAGAGCAAGGAGUGUCGGCAACAGAUCGCCGAGGUGUACUGCAGACACAAGGAAGGGCAGUUAAUGCCUGAGAAGGUCACUCGUUACUGCCACCUUGAGGGGAAGGCCAAUGUGAAUGUCCAGUGGGACGAGGACUCUGCUGAGAGUUUCCCAUUAAAACCAGUGAGAAUAGGGUUCGUCUUGGUGGUCCACGGACGAGCUGCUCGCCAGUUUCAACGCCUCUUCAAAGCCAUCUACCACACCUCGCACUACUACUACAUACACGUUGAUCAGCGCUCCAACUACUUGCACAGGCAGGUGCAGGCCUUGGCCGCACAAUAUCCCAAUGUGAGGGUGACACCGUGGCGCAUGUCCACCAUCUGGGGCGGUGCCAGCCUGCUGACCAUGUAUCUCCGCAGCAUGGCUGACCUGCUGGCCAUGAGGGACUGGAGCUGGGAUUUCUUCAUCAACCUCAGUGCUGCUGAUUAUCCCAUCAGGACCAAUAACCAGCUGGUGGCCUUCCUGUCCAAAUACAGAGACAUGAACUUCAUCAAGUCACAUGGCCGGGACAACGCCAGGUUUAUCCGUAAGCAGGGUCUGGAUCGUCUGUUCUUCGAGUGCGACACCCACAUGUGGCGGCUGGGCGAUCGUAAAAUCCCAGACGGCAUCUCGGUGGACGGCGGGUCCGACUGGUUCCUGCUUAACCGCAUGUUCGUGGAAUAUGUCAUGAACUCCAAGGACGACCUGGUCACCAACAUGAAACGAUUCUACGCCUACACCCUGCUGCCUGCUGAGUCGUUUUUCCACACGGUGCUGGAGAACAGCGCCCACUGUGACAGCAUGGUGGAUAACAACCUGCGCAUCACCAACUGGAAUCGUAAACUGGGCUGUAAGUGCCAGUACAAGCACAUCGUGGACUGGUGUGGAUGCUCCCCGAAUGACUUUAAGCCUGCAGACUUCCACCGCUUCCAGCAAACUGUGCGACCCACCUUCUUUGCCAGGAAGUUUGAAGCCAGUGUGAACCAGGAGAUAGUGAACCAGCUGGACACCUACCUGUUUGGACCAUUUCCCCAGGGAACACCAGCGCUAAACUCGUACUGGGAGAAUGUGUACGACGAGCCAGACGGCGUGGCCAGCCUGUCGGACACGCAGCUUACGUACUUCCACUCCUUCUCCCGCCUGGGCCUGGCCAGGGCUGCUGCCUCGCUACAGGGUAACCCAAAGGAUCACAGCUGCAGGUACUUCCCCAUGGGCCACCCGGUGUCGGUGCAUCUCUACUUUCAGUCGGACCAGUUUCAGGGCUACCUGGUCAAGCAUCACGCCACCAACCUGGCCACGAGCAAGCUGGAGACCAUGGAGACGUGGGUGGCACCCAAGAAGAACUUCAAGCUGAGCAGCCCUGCAAGCAGCACGUUCAGCAGGUUGCAGUUUGCGGCGAUCGGCGCAGAGUGGGAUGCCAAAGAGCGUAUGUUCAGAAACUUUGGCGGCUUAAUGGGGCCCAUGGAUGAGACGGUGGGCAUGCAGAAGUGGAGCAAAGGACCCAAUGUCACCGUCACGGUCGUGUGGAUCGACCCCACCAAUGUCAUCGCCGCCACCUACGACAUUCUGAUCGACACCAGUGCCGAGUUCACCCACUACCGCCCGCCACUGAACCAGCCCCUGCGACCGGGAGUGUGGAGCGUCCGCAUCCUGCACCACUGGAGCCCCGUGGCUGAGAUGAAAUUCCUCAUCGCCCCGCUGUCCCAUCACAAACACCAGCCCAUACGACAAGUGAAGGGUGGAGGAGGAUGGAGCCAACGCAGCAGCAGUGGCAGCGGUGGGACCCCCUGUGAGACACCUAUAAGAUGGGACCCCAAGAAGCACUGUACCCUUGGGGACAGCCUGGGACUGCAGGGCAGAAUGGAUGGCUGCGUUCACGACCAUAAAUUCAACACUCCCCUAACUAUCCCAUUCAUCAUAUGCACACCAGACUCCUCCACACCGUGA